AUCCAACUAAUGCAUACAACUGUCUUCUAUUUAUUAUCCAAAGAUGAACUAUUAUUAAUCAUGAAAAACCAACCCCAUAUCUUUCUACUUCUGAUUAAACAUUGAAUUCUGUCCAUUUUCAUGACGAGCAAUUCAGUCCCACAUGUUGUGCUUUUUGUGCUUUUGCUUUACUGCUUGAGUGUAAAUGCUGGAGUUGGAAAGCCAAAAAUCAGGUGCAAUGAAGCCGAGAGACAAGCAUUGAUAAAGAUUAAAGACCAUCUUUUUAAUGAAGAUGGUAUAUAUCAGGACUAUCUUUCCUCUUGGGGAGAAGAAGAAGAUCAAAGAGAGUGCUGUGAAUGGAUCGGAAUUCAGUGCAGCAACAACUCUGGUCAUGUCAUCAAACUUGAUCUUUCUCCUUCAACUUUCAAAGGCAUUGAUGGAAUUCUUAGGGGUAAUAUCAGCUCUUCAUUGCUUGACUUAAAGUACUUGAAUCAUCUGGACUUGAGCCACAUCAACUUUGGUGAGCAUUUCAUCCCAACUUUCCUUGGCAGCCUCACAAAAUUAAGGUACCUCGAUCUCUCUUCCACUAAUCUAGAUGGAGGUAUUCCUCCUCAGCUUGGAAACCUUUCCAGCUUGCAGUUUCUCGAUCUUAGCCACAAUCUUUUAAAACCAAAAAGCUUAAAUUGGGUUUCACAACUUUCAUCUUUACGAGUACUUAACCUGAGUAGCACAAACAUGAGCUUAGCUAAUGACUGGGCGCAUGUAGUAGUUAACCUUCCUCAUUUCAUGACAAAGUUGAUUCUACGUUAUUGUGAUCUUCCUGAUAUAGUUGUUUCUUCACCAUCUCGAUCCCUUUUUAACUCUUCAAAAUUUCUCAGCGUCCUUGAUGUUUCUGGAAACCAACUGUCUCAGUCUAUAUUCCAAUGGUUGUUCAAGUAUAAUAGUAGCCUUGUUCAUCUUGACCUCUCUAGUUGCCAAUUAGGAGGUUCCAUUCCAAAUGGGUUUGAAAAUAUGGCUUCCCUUACCUAUCUUGAUCUCAGCUACAAUGCCUUUGAAGGAAUAAUUCCAGAAUCUUUUGGGAAUUUGAUUUCCCUCACAUAUCUUAAUCUUUAUUCUAAUCAACUAGAUGGUUUUCAUCCAAAGUCCUUCAAUAAUAUGACUGCCAUUGCAUACAUUGAUCUUAGCCUUAAUCAACUAAAAGGUUCUAUUCCAGAGUUCUUUGGGAAUAUGAUUGCUCUUACAUAUCUUGAUCUUCAUAGUAACCAAUUGAAUAGUCUCAAUCCAAAAUCUUUUGAGAAAAUGACUGCCAUUAAAUAUCUUAAUCUCGAAAGCAAUCACCUAAAAGGACCCAUACCAGAAGAUUUUGGAAACAUGGCUUCUCUUAGUGAACUUGAUCUUAGCAAUAACGAGCUUGAAGGGGAAAUUUCAAAAUCCAUUUGGAAAAUAUGUGAACUGCAGAGGUUUGAAGCAUACAACAACAAUCUUGGCGGACAGUUACACUUGGCUGAAUUACCCUCAAAGGAAUGUGCCAAUUUCUCUUUGGAGUAUUUGGAUUUGAAGCAAAAUCAAAUCAUGGGACCAUUGCCUAAUUUCACCUUGUAUCCCGCUUUGACUGAGCUACAUCUUUCAUCGAAUCAGUUUAGUAGACUAUCCAAAAGUAUGAGUCAAUUAUCAGUCUUGGAGAUUUUGGAUCUUUCUGAAAACUCUAUCAAUGAUGUUUUAUCCGAAGCUCAUUUUUCAAAGCUCUUUAACAUAGAUACUUUGGAUUUAUCAACUAACUCAGAUCUAGUUUUUAGGAUUGCUACUGAUUGGAUUCCACCCUUUCAGCUGUCCACUAUUAAUCUUGGGUCUUGCAAUUUGGGUCCUCAUUUUCCAAAUUGGCUCCAAACUCAGGAUUAUCGUGAACUUAAUAUAUCCAAUUCUGGAAUUUCAGAUUCUAUUCCAGAUUGGUUGUUUAAUUUUACCUCGAACUUAAAUCUUCUUGACCUGUCUCAUAAUAAAAUUAGAGGAACAAUUCAUGAUAUUAACCAAAGUUUCAAUUGUUCCUCUGAACUAGAAUACGGGAAACCUUGUCCUGACAUAGAUUUGAGUUCAAAUGAGUUAGAAGGACCAAUACCAAGUUUCUUACUACAAGGGGCAACUUCACUAAAUCUUUUCAACAAUAGCUUUUCACAAUUAAAUUCCCUAUGUAAGGUCUCUUUAGUUCCUUUGGUAUUUCUUGAUGCCUCAUAUAACCAGUUGUCCGGCGAGCUACCUGAUUGUUGGUCGCAAGCGAAAAAUCUGCGAAUUCUUGUUUUGGCAAAUAACAAGUUAUCUGGAAAGAUUCCCAUAUCCUUUGGCUUUUUAUUUUCCAUCACUGUGUUGCAUUUGAGAAACAACAAUUUAACUGCUGAAUUGCCUUCAUCACUAAAGAACUGUACAAAUUUGGUGGUCUUUGAUGUUGGAGAGAACAAAUUGUUUGGGCCAAUACCAGCAUGGAUAGGUAAAAGCCUAACAAGGCUUUCCAUUCUUAGUGCACGCUCUAAUAGCUUCACUGGAAGAAUACCCUUGCAACUAUGCCACUUAGUGGAUCUUCAAUUGUUGGACUUUUCUUCAAAUGAUCUUUUUGGUCAAAUCCCAAAUUGUCUUGGUAACAUUACAGCUAUGAAAGAAUUAAAGCAGACCACAUAUGCAGCCGUAAGUCGUUGGGGAGACGCUUUUCCAGGUGAUUUUAACCGUCAAAAGUUGGAGUUGGUAUGGAAAGGAGCAAUCUCUGAAUUAAAAAAUGCUGGACUUUUGAGAAGCAUUGAUUUGUCCAACAAUAAACUUAUUGGGGAGAUUCCAAGAGACAUCACUAAACUUGUUGAGCUCAUUUCUUUAAACUUGUCUAGAAACAAUCUAAGUGGACAUAUCCCUCAAGAGAUUGGUAACUUGAAAUCUUUAGAUUUUCUUGACUUAUCAAAUAACCAAUUUUUUGGUCAGAUUCCUUCAAGUCUCUCUCAAGUGGAUCGUCUCAACACAUUAGAUUUGUCGAGCAAUAAUUUGUCUGGUGAAAUUCCAAGAAGCACUCAACUCCAAACUCGUGAUGCAGCUGCAUACAUGGGAAAUCCUCUCCUUUGUGGAAUUCCACUUCCAAUAAAAUGUCCAAAUGAAAAAAAACCAACUACUUCAGAAGAAGCUGUGGAAAAUCAUUAUGAUGAUGAGUUUAUUGGCAAAGGAUUUUACAUAAGCGUAGCACUGGGAAUGGUAGUUGGAUUUUGGGGAUUUUGUGGGACUUUAAUCUUCAACAAGUCAUGGACAUAUUCAUAUUUCAAGCUGUUGAAUAAUGCUGAGGACUGGGCUCAUGUAACAGCAGCAGUUCAGAAGAAAAAGCUACUGCAGAUGUUCAGAAGUUAAAUUGCGGGAGCUUUUGGUUUUAGAGGAUGCAAUGCACAGACAAUAUUUCUUCACCUAAUAAUUUGUACUGUCCUAGUUAUGUUUUCUGUAUAAUAAUGAGACUUGAAUUAGUUUGUUAUUCAUGUUUACUAUUGUUCACUUA